UGCUACUAAGUCAUUAUCUUAAUGGCUGCAGAUUGUGAUGCUAUUGGAGCUGAUGGUAAUGACGAUGGUGACGACGUUGUCACUGGUCCAGGUCGCUCCUGACGAAGGCUAUAGAAUCCAGGCCCCAGAAGGUGUCCCAUCGCAGUUCUACAGAGAUCCUACCGUGCCUCUCCCUCCUCCUCCUGCUGCUGCUGCUGCUGCUUCAUCAGACUCAGCUGCACCACCACCAGCUGCAGCUCCCUCCCCACCACAGCUGUACCUUGCACCCCGCCAGCUGGAGCAGCAACUGGCAGCAGCAGAACAGCCUGAGGUGGUGAAACAGACGUCCCGAGAUAAUGGUAGCCUUGCUCAGGCUCUUGGUUCUCCCCAACCCUCAGUUCAGCUCCUAGCGCAGCCUUCAGUCCUGCCUUCAGUCCUGCCUUCUGUCCUGCCUUCAGUCCUGCCUUCAGAACAACCUUCAAUCCAGCCUUCAGUCCUGCCUUCAGAACAACCUUCAAUCCAGCCUUCAGUCCUGCCUUCAGAACAACCUUCAAUCCAGCCUUCAGUCCUGCCUUCAGAACAACCUUCAAUCCAGCCUUCAGUCCUGCCUUCAGAACAACCUUCAGUCCUGCCUUCAGAACAACCUUCAGUCCUGCCUUCAGUCCAGCAUUCAGUACAGCGAAUAGACCAGCCUACAGCCCAGCCCCCACCGCCGCCGGCGAUGGGGAUGCCUUAUGAGUUCGAAUGGUCGGUAGAGGACUCUGAGAGCAGCAACAGGUACAGCCACCGGGAAAGGUCGGACGGACUGGUGACGAGCGGGGAGUACACCGUUCUCCUGCCCGACGGUCGCGUCCAGACCGUCACCUUCGUCGACCGCGGCCGUGGCUACGAGGCUCAUGUCGCGUAUCAGCAGGACUCCACCACCUAG